AUGCAGUCAGGCGAUAGCAGCAAUACAAAGCCUGACGGAACAGGAGUCAAGAUCAUUUGGCGCGACAACGCCGACCCCGCAAUUUACGAAGACGCACGUACCAAAAGAUUAUUCAACGCUCAAAAGCCACAACGUUAUCCUAUUGCAAUUGCCUUUGUGAAAGAUGCACAGCAAAUAGUAGAAGUGGUCAAUGUCGCCCAUCAAUUGAAAUGUCAGGUCUCUGUUCGCGCGGGCGGUCAUAGCUACGCAGGCUGGAGUGUCCGUGAUGACGCUAUCCUAAUAGAUAUGGGAGAAAUGUCCAAAGGACCCACUUUCGAUGAGGAUACGUCUAUUGUCAGCAUCCCGCCUGCUGUGACGGGAACAGAAUUGGUAAAUUACCUGGCUCCAAAGGGACGGGUCUGUUCAGUGGGGCAUUGCCAUGAUGUUGGCCUUGGAGGAUUUCUUCUUGGUGGAGGUAUGGGCUGGAACUGCAAUAAUUGGGGAUGGGCAUGUGAGCAGCUCAUCGCCGUAGAUGUUGUCACUGCUGCUGGGCAGCUUGUUAGAGCGGAUGACCAGAACCACAGUGACCUUUUCUGGGCAGCUAAGGGAGCUGGACCAGCGUUUCCGGGAAUUGUUACGCGUUUUCAUCUCUUGACAAAGCCAACUGUGAAAUGCAUGCUAUCUUCGGGAUACGUUUAUCCUAUCAGCAAUCUUGAGAGUGUUUUAAGCUGGGUACCAAAGUUCUCUGCCCAUACAAGCGGUCAGAUCGAGGUUUUGGUUAUGGGAAGCUAUCCUCCGGGUUUGAAUCAGCUAUGUGUUACGGUCUCCAUUGUUGCAUAUGGAGAUAGUGUGGAGCAGGUGAUCGAAGCCUUGCAACCGGCCGAGGAUUCCCAUCAAGAUGGGACUGUUGCUCAUUGGUUCUGCGAGGCAACAAGCAUGGAGCGACAACUAGAGAUAACGGCGCCCGCAUUUCCUACUAAUCAUCGGUACUACGUGGACAAUCUAUGGCUGAAUGAUGGCACGGACCUUUCAGUACUUCAGCCUGCCUUUGAAUCGCUACCGACGAAGGAAUCUUUAGUUCUUUUGCAAUCAAUGCGUCCAGGAAGCCAGAGAAGCCUUCCAGAUAUGGCACUCAGUAUGCAAUCUAAUUAUUGGCUUUCAAUGUACGCGAUAUGGGAUGAUCAAUCAGACGAUCCCCGAUGCCAGUCUGCCGUUCAUUAUGUGAUAACAAAGCUUGAAAAAUAUUCAAAGGGCUCAUAUAUUGGUGAGCUAGACCCCAGGGCUCGGAAGGCAAAGUACUGGAAAGAUGAUCAUCGCGAAAGACUCAUCGAUAUCCGACAAAAAUGGGAUCCCCAGAAUCGGCUCUGUGGCUGUCUCGGUUUGAAAAUGGAGUGA